AGAGAGAGACAGAAAAUAAAUAAAUAAACAUGGAGGAGAUAGAGCACAGGAUGGUGAACCUAAAUGGCAUAAACAUGCACUUAGCAGAGAAAGGACAAGAAGGUCCAGUGGUGCUCUUCCUCCACGGCUUCCCUGAAAUUUGGUACACAUGGCGCCACCAGAUCGCCGCCUUUGCCGGCCUCGGCUACCGUGCGGUGGCGCCUGACCUCCGUGGCUACGGUGACACCGACGCUCCCGGCUCUGCCGCCAGCUACACUUCCCACCACUUAGUUGGCGACAUUGUGGCUCUGAUCCACUCUUUGGGAGUCGAUCAGGCGUUUAUAGUGGCCCACGACUGGGGGGCCAUGGUUGCUUGGUACUUGUGCCUGUUUCGGCCGGACAAGGUCAGGGCUUUCGUGUCCCUCACCAUGCCGUUUCGACCUAGAAAUCCUAAAAUGAAGCCUGUCCAGAUCAUGCGAGCUUUUUUUGGAGAUGAUUACUACAUGUGCAGAUUUCAGAAACCCGGAGAGAUUGAAGCUGAGAUUGCAAAGUAUGGCACCAAAGAAGUUCUCAAGAAAAUUCUAACAGAUAGGAAACCAGGUCCACCCUACCUGUCUAAAGAAAAUCCAUUUGGAAUUUCUCAGGAAACAAACACUGCAUUGCCAUCAUGGUUUUCAGAAGAUGACUUGAAUUACUACACCAAGAAAUUUGAGCAGAAGGGUUUCACUGGAGGAUUGAACUACUACAGGGCUCUGGAUUUAAAUUGGGAGCUCACGGCACCAUGGACAAGGGCACAAGUGAAAGUACCAGUGAAAUUCAUUGUGGGAGAUAAAGACAUGAUUUAUACAACACCAGGGAUAAAGGAAUAUGUACACAAUGGUGGUUUCAAAAAAGAUGUGCCAUUGCUUGAGGAACCUGUCGUUGUGAUGGAAGGAGUUGGACACUUCAUCAACCAAGAAAGAGCUCAAGAAAUCAACUCUCAGAUCCUUGAUUUCUUCAACAAAUUUUGAAUUGCUUUCACAACCUCUCUCUCGUGCUAGUUUUUUUCUUGCAAGUCUCUCGUUUGCGUGAAAUUUCACGUUUCCGUGUUUGAAAUAAAAAAUAUUGAGAAAUAUUUUCAAGCUUUGUUCUAUGUAUGUCAAAAAAGGAAUGA